AUGAAAGCGCUUCCCUGCAGACUGGGCGAGGGGAAAGGGGAAAUUUUGGCGGGCUAUGGCAGGGAUGGGGACGAGGAUGACGAUGAUAUGGAGUAUCAAGGGGCUCAGUCUGGGAAUGAGGGUUUGGGAAGCAACGGCACGUUCAUCCAAGCAUCGUAA